AUGGGCGAAGCAGAUCGAAUCGGGCCCGACAUGAGCCCCAAGAAGACCGUGGCCGACAGACUGAAUGCGGUGCGAAAGACCUUCUUCACCAAACAGGGCCUUAUCGGAAAAUACGACUAUGGCUUCCUCUUCCGACCGAACAUUCCCUUCAUGAAGAAGCCUCGUCGAGCGUCGCCUUUCUUCGGCCUGAACGACACCAUGCCCGUGGUGCUGGCCUUGCUGCUCGGCUUUCAACACGCCCUCGCUAUGUUGGCCGGUGUCAUCACACCUCCUCUGAUCCUGUCUGGUGCCGGCGGUGUCAACCUCGACACCGACUGGCAGCAGUACCUCGUUUCGACCUCCCUCAUUGUUUGUGGUAUUCUGUCGAGUAUCCAGAUCACCCGCUUCCACAUCUGGAAGACACCCUACUUCAUCGGCACCGGACUGAUCUCGGUCGUCGGUACCUCGUUUGCCAUUAUCCCGGUCGCUACCGGCGCCUUCACCCAGAUGUAUGACAACGGCUUCUGCCCCGUCGCCGAGGAUGGCACCAAGCUGCCCUGUCCCGACGCUUAUGGCGCCCUGAUCGGUACCUGCGCCGUAUGCGCGUUGACAGAAAUUGCGCUCUCGUUCCUCCCCCCGCAUGUGCUCAAGAAGAUCUUCCCACCCAUCGUCACUGGCCCUACCGUUAUGCUCAUUGGCGUUUCGCUGAUCGAGAGCGGCUUCCAGAACUGGGCCGGCGGUAGUGGUCUCUGUUCAUCUCGUCCUGAGGAUGGCUUCUUCCAGCUCUGCCCCAACAUCGCUGCUCCCCACGCGCUGCCCUGGGGGAGCGCAGAAUUCGUCGGCUUGGGCUUCCUCGUUUUCAUCACCAUCAUCCUCUGCGAACGCUUCGGCUCCCCAAUCAUGAAGUCCACCAGUGUCAUCCUUGGCCUUCUCACCGGCUGUAUUGUAGCUGCUGCUUGUGGCUAUUUCGAUCGUUCGGGCAUUGACUCGGCACCCGCCGCCUCGUUCAUUUGGGUCAAGACGUUCAAGCUGUCGGUAUACGGACCGCUGGUGCUUCCGAUCAUGACGGUUUUUAUCAUCUGUGCUUGCGAGGCUAUCGGUGACGUUACCGCGACCUGCGAUGUUUCCAGACUAGAGGUCGAGGGCCCCGAAUUCGAGUCCAGAAUCCAAGGUGGUGUGUUGGCCGACGGUCUGAACGGCUGUCUGGCCGCACUCAUGACCAUCACCCCCAUGUCGACUUUUGCACAGAACAAUGGUGUCAUCGCGCUCACGCGAUGCGCCAACCGUCGGGCUGGAUAUUGCUGUUGCUUCUUCUUGAUCAUCAUGGGCCUGUUUGCCAAAUUCUCCGCCUCGCUGGUCGCCAUUCCGUCACCGGUCCUGGGUGGAAUGACGACGUUCCUGUUCUGCGCUGUCGCGGUCAGUGGUAUGGCCAUCGUCAACCGCGUGCCGUUCAAUCGCCGCACGAGGUUCAUCUUGACGGCCGGCCUGGCCGUCGGUUACGGCGCGACGCUCGUCCCGACGUGGUUCGCCUACGUCUUCACGUACGAGGGCGACAACCACGCCCUGAGGGGUUUCUACGACGCCAUUGUGUUGGUCAUGGAGACCGGAUUCGCCGUCACUGCUUUCGUGACGAUGAUUUUGAACCUGAUCCUCCCCCACGAGUUUGAGGAUACCGACGAGGCCGUCGCGGCCGAUGAAUCCUCCACCCCGGCACCGCAAGGCAAGACGGCGUCUCCCGCCAGCAGCUUGCACAACGACGACGAAAUUACGAAAGUCGACAUGCCCUCAAAGGAGCUGGUGUAG